AUGGUGUUGGUGCUGGCCACAGGUGGUGGGUGUGGAGGACACUAUUGUCGCCCCCCGACCACGUUCUGCAGCCAUUGCACGGACUUCAUAUGGGGGAUCGGGAAGCAGGGACUGCAGUGUCUAGUCUGCAGCUUCGUCGUACACAAACGGUGCCAUGAAUUUGUCACCUUCGAAUGCCCGGGAGCCGGGAAAGGACCCCAGACAGAUGACCCUCGGAACAAGCACAAGUUCAAGAUUCACAGCUACAGCAGCCCAACCUUCUGCGACCACUGCGGCUCCCUGCUCUAUGGGCUGGUGCACCAGGGCAUGAAGUGCUCCUGCUGCGAGAUGAACGUGCACAAGCGCUGCGUGCAGAGCGUGCCCAGCCUGUGCGGGGUGGAUCACACGGAGCGCCGCGGCCGCCUGCAGCUCCGCAUCGAGACGCUCGGCGGGGAGGAGAUCCGUGUCUUUGUGGGUGAGGCCCGGAACCUCAUCCCCAUGGACCCCAACGGGCUGUCGGACCCCUACGUGAAGCUGAAGCUCAUCCCGGACCCCAAGAACGUGAGCAAGCAGAAAACCCGGACUGUGAAAUCCACUCUGAACCCUGUGUGGAACGAGACCUUCCUAUUCACGCUAAGGCCGGGAGACGUGGAGCGGCGGCUGUCCAUUGAGGUGUGGGACUGGGACCGCACCUCACGCAAUGACUUCAUGGGAGCCAUGUCCUUCGGUGUGUCAGAGCUGCUCAAGGGACACGCGGAUGGAUGGUACAAGUUACUCAACCAGGAAGAGGGGGAGUAUUACAAUGUCCCUGUGGCUGAUGCCGAAAAUUGUGGGCUGCUGCAGAAAUUUGAGGCCUGCAACUACCCUCUGGAGCUGUACCAGCGCUCUCCUGUCCCCCCACUUCCCUCCCCGAUCUGCUCCCCCUCCCCAAGCCCCACGGACUCCAAGCACGGCAGCUUCUUUGCCAGCCGCUUCCACAUCUCCGACUUCAACUCCUCAUGGUGCUGGGAAGGCAGCUUCGGCAAGGUGAUGCUGGCCGAGCGGCGGGGCACAGACGAGCUCUACGCCAUCAAGAUCCUGAAGAAGGUGAUCAUACCGACGAACGACGUGGAAUGUACCAUGUGUGAGAAGCGGGUCCUGGCGCUCGGCGACCGGCCGCACUUCCUCACCCAGCUGCACUCACUUCAGACCACGGACCGGCUCUAUUUCGUGAUGGAAUACGUCGAUGCGGAGGACCUCAUGUACCAAUCCAGCAGGUCGGAAAGUUCAAGGAGGCCUCAUGCCAUGUUCUACGCAGCAGAGAUCGCCAUCGGCCUCUUCUUCCUGCACAACAAGGGCAUCAUCUAUAGGGAUCUGAAGCUGGAUAACGUGAUGCUGGAUGCCGAGGGCCACAUUAAGAUCACGGAUUUCGGGAUGUGCAAAGAGAACAUCUUCCCUGGAGUGACCACCCGGACCUUCUGCGGGACCCCCGACUACAUCGCCCCGGAGAUAAUCGCCUACCAGCCCUAUGGGAAGUCGGUGGAUUGGUGGUCCUUCGGCGUGUUGCUCUAUGAGAUGCUAGCGGGGCAGCCCCCUUUUGAUGGGGAGGACGAGGACGAGCUGUUCCAGGCGAUCAUGGAGCACACGGUGUCCUACCCAAAGUCGCUGUCCCGCGAGGCCGUCUCCAUCUGCAAAGGGUUCCUCACCAAGCACCCCCUAAAACGCCUGGGCUCGGGGCCGGCCGGGGAGCAGGACAUCCGGGAGCAUGGCUUUUUCCGCUGGAUGGACUGGGAGAGCCUGGAGCGCCUGGAAAUCCCACCUCCCUUCACCCCCCGCCCGAGCAGGGCUCUGAUCUCAGCGACUCUGGGUCUGGACGCGGCCCUGAUCUUGGUGACUCUGUGUCUGGGCGGCGCCUGGCCUGACGGGGCCCCGAUCUCAGCGACUCUGGGUCUGGAUGGGGCCCUGAUCUCGGUGUCUUUGUGUCUGGGCAGUGCCCGGCCCGAUGGGGCCUCGAUCUUGGCGACUCUGUGUCUGGGCUGUGCCCGGCAUGACAGGGCCCCCAUCUCGGUGACUCUGUGUCUGGGCGACGCCCGGCCCGACGUGGCCCCGAUCUCAGUGACUCUGCGUCUGGAUGACACUUGGCCCGACAGGGCCCCGAUCUCGGUGCCUAUGGGUCUGGGCAGAGUUUGA